ACGGCGUGAACACACCUGAACACACACCGUCAACAUCCGGGGCGCCGGACUGGACCCGGGCACGAGCACGUCUCAUGUACUUCAGCCACCAUGGACAGGGCCACCCGCAAGGAAGAUGUUGAGCGAGCGUACGAGCUGCAGGCCAAGGCAGGCCUGCAGGGGGCAGCGAGGGCGACUCUGCUCGGCACAGGACUAGCCGUCUUGGGCCACUACACUUGGCCCACCUUCCGGCGGCAAACUUUACCUUUCAAGGGUUUCCUGGUCACUAUCUUCACCGUCUUCGGGCUCGUCGUAGGCGCGGAGAACGCCCUGCUAGCCCAUGAAGCUGAGCGGCGCCAGACCGAAGGUAAAAUCAGAAAGGAGGCACGGAUAGACCUCGCGCGACGCGGGCUAGUUGCAACGGAGACAGAGAUCGCGAAGUGGAAGGCACAGCGCUUCGCUGCUCAACAGGCCGACGUGGAGGGCUCGAGGCCGUCGUGACAAGACGGUUGUAUAGGUCAGAUGCAAGAGACUGGAGAGCGCGAGGAGUCCGUGUCGGGGCGUGAGACAACUAUGGGAGGUGAACGACCAGUAAUAA